GAGGACGCGGACGCAUCUUCUUCUUCCCUCCCGGAACCUGAGGGCAAGGGCGUUGCCGCCCAGCCGUGCCACCCACGAUCGGGUGCGUAGCCAUGGCCGUCGAAGCGCAUCGCCUCCUCUUGGCAGGAGGACACAGGCAGCAGCAACAGCAGCAGCAGCUCGCCAGCGCGGGGUGGCCUUGGGCCGGCGCCGACGAAGAUAGGUGCGCGACGACGGCGAGACCGAGCCAACAUCAUCACCAUCAACAACAACAGCCGCAGCAGGAGUUGAGGCUCCACAACGCCUCGUGCGUGGGCGUCCUGGCUCCACGGGUCUCGACGAUCGCUGCCGGCGGACAGAUGUUCCUGGGCGACGCGGCGGAGAGCGACGUCACGUUCGGAGGAGGAGGAGCUGCGGCGCGGCAGGAGGUGACGGCAGUGGCGCCGGCGCCCAAGAGGCGGAAGCGCGCCGAGCAGCAGCAGACGCCGCCGGUGUUCCAGGUCUGCGCGGCCGACGAUGUGGCGGCGCAGUUUCAGCAGCAUAUCGUCGACGUCAACCGCCUCGUGUUCCAACAAACCGCCAACAUGUGGGCGGCGCUCACGGAGCUGCGGCGGCGGCAGGCCCGCCAGGUCGUGGCCGCCGUGGAGGCAGCGGCGGCGACGCGGCUGCGCGCCAGGGAGGAGGAGGUCCAGCGGACGGCGCGCAUCAACGGCACGCUCGAGGAGCGGGCCAGGAGCCUCUACGUGGAGGCGCAGCUGUGGCGUGACCUGGCGCGGGCCAACGAGGCCACGGCCAACGAGCUCCGCGCCGAGCUGCAGCAGGCGCUCGACGACCAGCGGACGCGCGGCGCACCUGGCGCCGGCGCCGACGCCGACGACGCCGGGUCGUGCUGCCGCGGGGGGGAGGACGGCGGGACGGGUACGUCGUUGGCGAGGACGUGCGCGGUGUGCGGCCUGAGCGCGGCCGACGUGCUGCUGCUCCCGUGCCGGCACCUGUGCGCGUGCGCGCCGUGCGCCGGUGCGGCCAGGGCGUGCCCCGCGUGCGGGUGCGCCAAGAACGGCAGCGUCUGCGUCAACUUUUCGUGAUGGCUGGUUGGUUGUCAAACCGAUAGGAUAGGAUUGCUGGAUUAGAGUAGUAGUAGUAGUAGUAGGUUUUUUUGGGGGUCUUGUUUAUGGCAGCGACGGUUCAGUGAUGCGGAUAUGAGACGGAUGCAUCUUUUG